AUGAGCCCGUGCGGGCGGGCCAGGCGACACACGUCCAGAGGGGCCAUGGCCGUACUGGCGUGGAAGUUUCCGCGGACCCGGCUGCCUGUGGGAGCCAGUGCCCUCUGCGUCGUGGUCCUCUGUUGGCUCUACAUCUUCCCCGUCUACCGGCUGCCCAACGAGAAGGAGAUCGUGCAGGGGGUGCUGCAACAGGGCACGGCGUGGAGGAGGAACCAGACAGCGGCCCGAGUGUUCAGGAAACAAAUGGAAGACUGCUGCGACCCCGCCCAUCUCUUUGCUAUGACUAAAAUGAAUUCCCCCAUGGGGAAGAGCAUGUGGUAUGAUGGGGAGUUUUUAUACUCUUUCACCAUUGACAAUUCAACUUAUUCUCUCUUCCCCCAGGCAACCCCAUUCCAGCUGCCAUUGAAGAAAUGCGCGGUGGUGGGAAAUGGUGGGAUUCUGAAGAACAGUGGCUGUGGCCGUCACAUAGAUGAAGCGAGUUUUGUCAUGCGAUGCAAUCUUCCUCCCUUGUCAAGUGAAUACACUAAAGAUGUUGGAUCCAAAAGUCAUUUAGUGACAGCUAAUCCCAGCAUAAUUCGGCAAAGGUUUCAGAACCUGCUGUGGUCCAGAAAGACAUUUGUGGACAACAUGAAAAUCUAUAACCACAGUUACAUCUACAUGCCUGCCUUUUCUAUGAAGACAGGAACAGAGCCAUCCCUCCGGGUUUAUUAUACACUGUCAGAUGUUGGUGCCAAUCAAACAGUGCUCUUCGCCAACCCCAACUUCCUGCGUAGCAUUGGAAAGUUCUGGAAAAGUAGGGGAAUCCAUGCCAAGCGCCUGUCCACAGGACUUUUUCUGGUGAGCGCAGCCCUGGGCCUCUGUGAGGAGGUGGCCAUCUAUGGCUUCUGGCCCUUCUCCGUGAAUAUGCACGAGCAGCCCAUCAGCCACCACUACUAUGAUAAUGUCUUACCCUUUUCUGGCUUCCAUGCCAUGCCUGAGGAAUUUCUUCAGCUCUGGUAUCUUCAUAAAAUCGGUGCACUGAGAAUGCAGCUAGACCCAUGUGAGGACACCUCACUCCAGCCUACUUCCUAG